AUGUCUUCUGAAGCUGAAGCUGCAGCUGCCGCGUGGGUCCCCCCUCCUGAAGGGUCACCAUGUUGGAUUGAAAUUCCUGCUCGUGACGUCGAGAAGCUCAAGACCUUCUAUAGUAACGUCUUCCCCAAUUGGACCUGGAAGCCAAACAUUUCCGACCCAGGACACGAGGUCGCUAUGUUCCGAUUCAAAGACCCCGAAGGUCUUGGAGGCGGCCUUGUCAAAAUGCCCGAUGGCUGUGACCCAAACACGCAGGAGCUGGGAUCGGGCGUCACGAUCUACCACAUGGUCGAGUCGCUGGAAAAGACUGAAGCCCGCAUCCAUGAACUGGGCGGGAAGACGGUGCUGCCAAAGACGGCAGAGGGUGAAAGCGGCGUCUACAUCAACGUGACAGAUCCCGAGGGAAAUAGGACCCAGCUCAAUUGCGCACUUUCAACCAUGUCCAUCAAUUGGGUUAUGCUCGAUGGCAAAGGAGCCUUUGUCCCGUUACCAGGAGAAAGGAUCAUCCACAAGUCAUCGCCGAGAAUUGGUCUCGCCAUCACCACCCCGUCGACAUAUCCAGGGAACAAUCCAGUGUCAAUCCACUGCAACUCUGGCAUCGUCUAUUUGACCAAUCAGAGAAUCGUGUAUCUUUCAGAGAAGUCCACCUCGGAGUUCCAAUCCUUCUCUGCGCCCCUUCUCAAUUUGCACGACACACAUCUUACCGUGCCCUGGUUCGGACCGAAUGCCUGGCAGGCCCUCUUACAGCCGGUUCCUGGCGGGAACAUUCCCGCAACACAAGCUGCCAUUGAACUCAAGUUGACUUUCAAAGAAGGUGGAGCUCCCGAUUUCCAUUCAACCUUUGAGCAGAUCAAGGAGCGACUUCAGCAAGUAGUGUCCACAGCGAGGGAGAAUAACUUGACAGGCUCGCGGCAGGAUGCCUACUUGGGCAAUGUGAAUCUGGACAACGUCCAUCUUGACCAGCUGCCUUCAUAUAACGAGUCUGGGCAUGAUCCCAUAGCUCUGAACCAAUCCAGCGCUACCAGCGAGGACGUGAACUCCCCUAUCUUGAGGAGUCCUCAUACGGCUCCGGAAUUGAGGCGAGCUGGAACACCUCAAGGUGAAUCGCAGACACCAAGCGACGCGCCUCCAGGGUACGAAGAGACACAACAGCAGAGCAUUCAGGCUGAGUUGGACCGAAGAUUGUCAGAGACUCGUGGCUGA